CUGCCGCUUCCGGCCCGGGCGCCGCCUCCUCCCCCCGCCCCCACCCGCGGGAGCCGCCGCCCUCCCGGCCCCACAAGCCCGUCUCCCCGGGGUGCCGCGGCCGCGCUGGGAGGCCGGCAGGAGAAACGCGGAGACUUUGACAGCCUCCGGAAAGCCCUCGGCGGCCCGCGGGGAGGGUAGCCCUGAGCUCUCUACCACACGAGUUGCGCUGGUAUUUUCCUGGCGUCCCAAACCGAAGGUGGCCUUCUCGGAGAGGGGCCCUGAGUCUAGCCCGGGGCGCCUCGCGGGUCUCUAUAUAAAAACAUUUUUAAAAAAAUGUUGAGAAUCGCUGCCUACGAGGCCUGUUUGUUACGCCGCUGGGGAUGUGUGGGCCUAGGCCCACCAGGUGAAAUAAGAAGGCUUCCUUUAAAAGGAGGCUGCUGAGGGCAUAAGGCGUAUUCCUCGGGACAAAAUAAACCGAGGAAAGGAGCCCGGGUGGUAAGUUUGUGCUUAUGAGUGCACUGAGUGGGGACACAGAGCGGAGCACCCUGGACAGUGCCUGCUGGCCCAUGCCUGAGUCUGAGCCAUGUCUCCUCGCCCAGAUCUGGGAGUGAGAAUAGGAGUUCAGGUGGCCCUUGGCAGUCACCCCCGGAACUAGAUGCCUGCAUCCGAACACGCUGGCCUUCAGGCAUUGUUUUCUAGACCUCAAGGGAGGUGCUGACGUGUUGAUUUGGAAACCUGAAAUAACGCUGCUUUCCUUUCCUUGAAAGAUUUCAGGGUUCUGUCCAAACCCCAGAAGCCAAGGUUUGCAUUUUUGACGAUGACAUGCUUUGUGAGACGAAGCCAUGAGGCAGUCCUCGACUUACGGCAUUUCGAUCUACGGCGAUUUGUACUUGUGGUGCUCUGCCAUUUACACCUGUCAUUACUUACGGCACUGGAUCCUCGCACUUACAGCAGGCAACAACAGAGGCACCGGGGCUGGGGCGGGACGGUUACUGGAGAAAAGCAGAACCCCAAAGCAGAACUGAAUGAAAUCUCCAGAAGCCCUUCCCUGUGCCAUAAAGAAAAAAUGGAUUGGCUGGAAAUGGGGAAGGAACUAAGCUUCAGGAAACUAGCAGAGGGUUCAGACUGCCCAGAACAUCUGAAGUACAGCUUCAACAUAAAAGGUGAACUGAGGCAUCUAGAUACCAAUGAACCCUUUGUCUUUAAUUACUACAAAAAUGCACAUGAGAACAAUCAUAAACGCUAUCAGAUGUUAGGAUAUCUCAUUGAACAGUAUGUUUAUCAACUGCUGGAAAGAGCAUGCAAGCUGCAGAGAGUCCACCUUCCAAUAGAUGCUACAGAGAACGAACCCAGGAGUUUCUUUUUCAUGAGUGAGAAAGCAUUAACAAAUCCCUCAAGCCUAGUUGUCCUUCUACAAGAUCGUGGAGUUUUUCGGGCUGGGCAGUGGGGUCAGAAGACCAUAAUUCAUGAGGGCCUGGAGCAUGGAACUCAAAUACCAUUCAUCCAAAUGGCUCUCCAUGACUAUGGGGGAGUUAUUGUAUUAAAUCCCAAUGACAAUUUUAUUGAUAUGAAGAUGGAGGAGGAACGCUUGAGUUUCUUAACUAAGGGAGAAUCACUGUCCAAUAGCCAAUCCAUGGGACAGAUUCCAAAGAGAUGCAGCAGCAGCCCUGAAGAACAUACCAUUUAUGUCUGGGAUCAUUUUAUUUCAUCCAAGAGUUUAGCCAAGAAUGUAGCCUUCAUUGCUCAUGGCUAUGGAGGCUUGGUUUUCAUCAAUUUGCUCAUGCAGAGGAAGUGGGAGGUGAUGAGUAAAGUGUAUUCUGUGGCCUUUAUUGACUCCAUGCACCACACACAACACCAGGUGGGAAGCAAUCCAGAAAUGCAAGAAUGGAUACAGAAGCACUGUCGUGAAUGGGUAACAAACAGUAAACAUUUAGAUAGGCCCACAGGUUCCCUUGUUAAAGUGGAUUGUCCUAAAGUCUCUGCAGGGACUGAAAAAUACACCUUAGCUCCCUCCUACAGCUUACAGGCCAUCUUCAAGUACCUGAAGAGCACACUGAAAGCAAAGAACGUGGUAGCUUCCCCUCGUUCACCUAUUAAAACAAGGAGCACAUCAAGUAAGAGAUGCAGUAAAUAAGGGGAUGUUGAAUUUUCAUAACCCUCAUCCCAUGCCUAGCUCUGAAAACUUGAAACAAAAGCUCUUCUUGUAGUAGUUUUGGUAUUGAAUUUCUGAACUUUUUUUCUGAUUCCUUGCUUCCCCCCCUGCCAGGCAGAAAACAUUGUGUUAGAAAAGGGUUGAUAUAAUUCUUUUCAUAAAAAUGAAUUGUGCUUUUUAAAUGGAUGCCUGUAAACUGUUCCAAAAUUUAAAGGGUGCAAAGUAAAGAUCUUAAGGUA